AUGGCAGAUAACUUUGUUCAAGUGCAUCUCCAUUUAUUUAACCUCCUCCAACUGCCUCUCCCCCUCACGUCGGCAGGUUCGCUGGUCUUUAUAAUUUCAGUUUUGACAAAUAUUUGGUCAGCGUCGAAUAUGUUGGAGGAUUUGGUUUUAUUUUUAGUGGGAGGUGGUUCUGCUGGGUGUGUGAUGGCGAAUCGUCUCUCAGAAAAUGGGCGCUUUACAGUCCUACUUUUAGAAGCGGGAGGUGACCCCAGCCUCCUGAACUCCAUUCCGGAACUCGCCCCGUAUAAUUUGCACCAUCCUCCGACGGAUUGGGGGUAUAAGACAGUGCCCCAGGAUAACGCGUGCUUAUCAAUGUACAACAAUCAACUGGCUUGGCCUCGUGGAAAAAUUUUGGGUGGAUGCAGCUCCCUAAAUUGGAUGAUUUACCAACGCGGUAACCCCAAAGAUUACAACGAGUGGGUCAAAGCAACCGGAGAUGACGAAUGGAGUUACGACAACUUGUUACCAUUUUUCAAAAAGUCGGAAACUUAUCAUGGAUCUUUUCCAAAUCCCGAUUUUCACGGGUCGAGUGGACCAUUGGACGUUUCCAAGCAGAGUUAUCAUCCAUCACAAGAGGAAUGGGUUGCGGGUGGGAAAGAGUUGGGAUUCGAUACCACGACUGACCCCAACAGCCGACAAGUCCCUGGAUUUUACCCAAUGGACGUUACAAUCUAUCAGGGUCACAGAGAAAGCACUUAUCGCGCAUUUCUUCACCCGAUUCUCGGUCGGGAAAACUUGAUCGUUAGCAGAUAUUCACGUGUAAUUAAGAUCAAUGUUGACGAGGACGAAAAUGGGUCCCUUCACGCAGGGAGCGUCACUUAUGUCAAAAACGAUAAAACUUUAACGGCAAAGGCGAGGAAGGAAAUUAUCUUGAGUGCGGGGGCGAUCGGAACACCGCAUUUGCUAAUGUUAUCUGGAAUCGGACCAAGCGAGCAUUUGGCGUCGGUCGGGGUCACCCCGGUGUUAGACUUGCCAGGUGUGGGUCAAAAUUUACAGGAUCAUGUCCUCACCUUGUUCGGCCCGUUCUUAUUAAAUGAAUCCAUUUCAUUCUUAACGGAUCGAGAUCUCACGUAUCAGAGUGUUUUAGAAUAUGUGAAAAAUGGGACGGGCGCCUUUUCGUUCAACCAACUCGCAGGAGUGGGAUAUAUCGCCACGACGCAAAGUGUGGACCCCAAUUGGCCCGACAUCGAGUUUCAUCAGACUCCCGUUGGCCUACGACAGUCGAUUGCGGGCGAUUUUACUGCAGUUUUUGGUCUCAAACCCAGCAUUCUUGAAGCCCUGUUGGAUCCCUGGAUUGGUCACGACGCCAAUUUCGUCAUGGUCGACUUGGGCAGGCCGAAAAGCACGGGCGAAAUCAAACUGGCAAGUUCCGACCCUGCUCGGAUUCCUUUAAUCGAUCCGAAAUAUUACAGCCAUCCGGGCGACAUGGUGGCCAUGAAGGAAGCGUUGCAAUUCCUCCUGGAAAUGUAUGAGGGGACGGAUACGUGGCAAAAAGUGGGGGCCAAAUUGGCACCUGGAAAAUUGCAGGGAUGUGAAAAAUUCGAGUGGAGAUCGCCGGAUUACUUGGAGUGCUACAUUCGCCACUUGACCUUCACUAUUUACCAUCCCUGCGGAACGUGCAAAAUGGGAAAGGCCGAGGAUCCCUUGGCCGUGGUGGAUACCAAAUUAAGGGUGAAAGGCAUCAAUGGACUUCGUAUCGUGGACGCGUCUGUAAUUCCCAUAAUUACGAAUGCGAAUAUUAACGCACCAGUCAUCCUGCUAGGAGAAAAAGGUGCAGCUUUUAUUUUACAAGACUGGACAACGUGACCUGGUCGGACUAAAAAAAUGAGAUGAGUAUGUUAUAAAACUUCGUUUUUGUAAAAUUUAUACGCUUUUUGUAUAUAUUAAAAAGUAUUUGUGUCUUAUUAGCAAAUACUCAGAUCUGAUAAUAAUCUGGAUUAUAUUUCAAUAUUUUUG